ACCCCAGUCAAAACAAACCUAGAUAGUGUCAGAACUCAGAAUAAUUGGAUCAGUUCAUGGACAAAAUUCCGUUGCCCUCCUCCCAACAGUGAAUUGAAGAGUGAGUGCCUUUCUUUAGGUCCAAAGGGGUGGGCCAUCAUAAUCCACUCUCCAUCCCAACUGUCACUCUCAAAGCUUUGGCAUCUCGGAUUAGAGGCUGGCUCGUGCUUUUUCAAUCAUGGAUCCACUGGUUCUCUCCGUCUUGGUGGCCGUGUUAGCCGUGGCUCUGGCCGCCUUGCUCUACUACAAGAAAACCACCACGGCUGGACGAGCGCCUUCGACCCGCAGUGGGCCCGUACCCGCCGGUGCCGUCGCAGCCGUGGCCGGCGGUCGUCGACGGGCCGGUCCCCGAUUACGACGCGCAGCUCAACGCGGGGAUGCGGUGGAAGAUGAAGCGGCCGAGGCCGAGGAAGCUCAGGCCGCCGAACGUGAGGAGCUGGCCGAAGCCGGGGUCAAGGUGCCGGACGGCAAAGUGGGCAAGAAGAAGAUGGAGAAGCUGCAGUUGAAGGCCGAGAAGAAGGUGGCGCGCGAGGCCGAGGCCCAGGAGCGCGAGGAGCGCAAGAAACAGCAAGAGAAGGACCAGGCCUUGGCGGCUGAGGCGCGACAGCGGGAGCAGAAUGAGGCGGAGCGGGAAGCGGCCGAGGAGCAACGCCUUAAGGAAGAGCAGCAACGCCGGGACAACGAGGAGUAUAUGAAGCUCAAGGCCGCGUUCAGCGUCGAGGCCGAGGGCUUUGAUGAGAACGAGGACCCCGGGGAUGCCCAAAACCAGCUCCGCAAUUUCAUACAGUACAUUCAGGAUACGAAAGUGGUGGUUUUGGAGGACCUGGCCGCUCAUUUUAAGAUGAAGACCCAAGACACGAUCGAUCGGGUAACUCAACUCCAAGAGGACGGACUCCUGACCGGCGUUAUUGACGAUCGGGGCAAAUUCAUCUUCAUUUCGCAGAAGGAAUUGGAAGCCGUGGCCACUUUCAUCCGACAACGAGGCCGCGUGUCCAUUGCCGAAUUGGCCGAAAGUAGCAAUCAACUCAUUACACUCACGCCCGAAGCUACGGUGAGCUGAGCUGUGAUAUUCAAGUGCAUUCCCUACGUCAGUUAUUAAUUAAUGUAUGUCAAAAAGCAUUGGAUGAAUAUGAAAAUACUUGGUUUAUUCCUCA